AAUUCUCAGGCUUGAAAUCCAAUACAGAAGUGAUUCAAUAGAACUCCAUUCUAUCACUAUGAAGAAAAGUGGUAUUCCUCUUUUGUUGAGUAUCAUCUUCCUGACUCUGCUUGGCGGUCAAGGAACCCUAAUAAUGAGGAAUAGACGCUGUUUCUGCAUCAACACCAGCCAAGGGACAAUCCACCUAAAAUCCUUAAAGGACCUUAAACAAUUUGCCCCAAGCCCUUCUUGUGAGAAAACUGAAAUCAUUGUGACAAUGAAGAAUGGGGAUCAAACGUGUCUAAACCCAGAUUCAGCAGAUGUGAAAGAAUUGAUUAAAGAGUGGGAGAAACAGGUGAGCCAAAAGAAAAAGCAAAAGAAAGGGAAAAAAUUUCAAAAAAGCAGGAAAAUUUUUAAAGUUAAAAAAUCUCAACAUCCUCAUCAAAAGAAGACCACAUGAGCAACCACUUUACCAACCUUAUACCCAAAAGGUUCUUCUUAAUUAUGAUGAAAUAAUUCCAAAAGGAGAUGGCAUCUUAAUCCAUAAGCUUUUUAUUUGGAAAUUUUCAAGCAUUAUUAUGAAAUUGUAAUUAAAGCUAGAAAGUUGCUUUUGAAAUCUAAACAUUAAGAAUUGUUACAGGCUAUAGUUUGACUUUGUUCUUCCACCUCCAGCCAACUGAAUUUCGUCAUGCUUAAGACCACGGUCUUAACACCCACAUCUGGACAAAUGUGCACACAAUCACAUCCUGUACACAGUCGCAUCCCACACACAACAGCUGCUUAGAAGAUCAGCCCUGCACUUCCCACAAAUUCCAGCCCCUAGAGAAUAUUCUGAGGCACAUGUCGGCAAGCCCCAGCCCGUCAGCAUGCUAAUAAGCCUAGCAGUUUGGAAUCGAGCCGGACCUCACCAAGCUGCCGUGGCCAUCUGCAUCUGUAUUUGAAUCUGCCCACAGGCCUCACAGUGUAUCUGACAGACCCAUGCUGGUUGUUUCUGUGGGCCACCGCUGAAGAACACUAGCACUUGGCUUUCAGAACCUUCUGUCCAGCUUUUGAGGACAUUAGACUCCAUCAUGCCUGCCCACGCUGACCUUAUUGUUCACCUUUGCUUCAGUCAAGCCUGUUCCUCACCAUUCUACCACAAUUUAGUGCCUAUCUCUGCUAUAACGUCAUGCUCUCAUUCACCUGGGUCUACUCCUUUUCACUCUUAUGCUAGCACUCCAUAGGAAUGCCUUCUUCUCCCCACUCAUCCUCAUUUGACCCAGUCUUUGAUUCAGUUUAAUCCUGCCUCUUAACUAAAAUCUUCUGGACACUUGGAUUAUUUUAAAGCUCCAAGUUCACUUGUGUUCAAUACCACAUAGGUGAACACUCAAUUGUUUUCUGAUUAUUUUUUGCAUGUUUAUUUCUCAAACCAGAUUGUCAGCCCCUUGAGGGCAGGGACCACAGUUCAUUUCCUUGAUUCUGUCACCAUGCCUAGUAUACUAUGAACUAGGUUUUGAAUAAUUUUUUAAUUACAAAUUUUACAAGUAGGGGGGCAACUAGACUGCCUCCUCAGGGCAGGAUCUGGCUAUAUUGGCUACUCCAUAAUGUCUAACCCCUGGUAACCUCUUCUACUCAUUAUCUUUACGCCAUUGUCACUGCAGGAAUAGGAGCUGAUGCAACAUUCUUGUUUUAUGACGGGAUGUUAACUUCACCUCUCGAACAAACAAAAAUGCUUAAAACACCGGAUAUUCUGAACUAUUUUCAUAAAAUAAUACAGGAUACUGAGUAUCACAGAAUCUUACAAUAGGAAGGAGCUUUCCUGUCCAACUUUUACCCACCUCAUACAAAAAUUCCUUUAAUACUAUUCCUGGGACAAGCCUCAGUUCUCUAUGUCUGACAAGAAAACCACCUAGUUCCUUUUGAAAACUCAUUUUAGAUAAAUAUAAAUUUCAUUCUCAGUUUAACCUAUUUCAGAGUUUGUAAAGUAUUGUGAUUAUCAAUUGCCAUGCCAGCUCUCAUGAAAAAGGUGGAAGGGUAUUAAGAAACCAAGAGCUGGAGAGAGUAGCAAAUCCUGUUAGUGGUGGCAUGGCUGGUGCCCAGUUAGCCUCAAAAGGGCUUGGAAACCCUCUUGAAGAGGAGGUUCAGUGAAUUAUGUAGGAAAGGACAUCUUUGGCCAGAAUUUAAACUUACACCUACUUUGCCAGAUUUUGUCACUUCUUACACUGCAGGUGAUUUUUAGUGUUGCCCAGCGAUGAUCCCACCCAAACAGCAUCAUAUCUAAUUGUGAAACUCUUUAGCUCCUUCCAUGAAACCCCUGAAAACUCUAAACAUUUCAUAGUUUGAGAGUCUGUGACCCAGUUCCCACAGGUAAAGUGGACAGUGUGUAACAACCAGAGACAACAUGUUUUGACUAAGUACCUAUGACAUAUAUGUACGUGAUAAGCAUUCAUCAUUUAUAUAUAUAUAUAUAUAUAUAUAUAUAUAUAUAUGUAUACUCUCUGAGCAAAUAAUUAUUAAGUUCAAAGCAGUUCUGGCAUAUAUACCUUGUACUUUGAAAUAUUUUCUUUCUUUAAAGGCAAGGGCAUCAAUAAAUAGACCAUUGAU